AUGGAGUAUUUUACUGUGUGUAAAAUGCAAGAAUCUGGAAUUAUCUAUGUGCUGGUGAAUGAGGGCAAGACUGGGCCUGAGGACGUCGCCUCAGGACCAGUGCAGAACCGACCCGCCAGAGGGCGGCCACGUCCGCUGCGGACGCCUCUCCGCUCCCCACAGCGAGCUCCCCGCCCGCCCGCGCUCCCUCCUCCCUGGCUGCCGGCUUGCACCGCGGCGCUUGCGGCGCUAGGUGGUGCUGCCCGCCCUGCUCCUCACGGUGCAGCAUGGCGGCGGCGGGCGCCUCGCAGCCCCAGGCCGGGGCCACCGCCGCUGCCCCUCCGGUGGCGACUGAGGAGUCGUCGGACAGCGAGCCGGAGCAAGAGCCCGGCUCCCCGCAAAAACUCAUCCGCAAGGUCUCCACGUCCGGGCAGAUCCGCCAGAAGACUAUUAUAAAAGAGGGCAUGCUGAUGAAACAGACCAGCUCAUUUCAGCGCUGGAAGAGACGUUACUUCAAAUUGCGAGGACGAACUCUAUACUAUGCCAAAACAGCAAAGGUAUGUGGCUGUCCAUGAAAU